CGGUCUCUCUGCGGAAAAAGGACGUCGCAACCAGUCUUUAAACCAUGAGCUCCCUCACGAUCCAGUCCUUCCGGGAGAUGAUGAAAAGCCUGCUGAGCUCAUCCAACUUUGAUCGGGUGUUGAGUAAGAUGACAGUUCUUUCUGCAACUUCUGGAAAGGUUGUUUGUGAAAUGAAAAUAGAGGAGGAGCACACAAACAGAGGUGGCACAUUGCAUGGAGGUUUGACCGCUACACUGGUAGACGUAGUGUCAACAGCAGCAUUGUUGUACACAGAAAGAGGAAUGCCUGGGGUCAGUGUGGAUAUGAACAUUACAUACAUGUCUGCUGCUAAGAUUGGGGAAGAGAUAUUGAUCACAGCUCAGAUUCUGAAGCAAGGAAGAAGUAUUGCCUUUGCCAGCGUGGAUGUAACAAACAAGGCAACAGGAAAGUUUGUAGCACAAGGAAGACAUACUAAAUACCUAGGACAGUAAUAGAAGAAAAUAAUAUCUAAAAAGGAAUGUUUGUGCUUAAGAAGCUAGCAUUGAUGGUUUUUUUUUCUAUUUCAAGCUCUAUCAAGUUACCACAAUCUGAAGGCAAGUAAAUGAUCUAUGUAAAAUAAGUUGGUCUCAGUCCCAUUCCUAGUGGAAAAGAGUUCACAUUGUAACUGGCACUAAUUCUGAGCUUGUUGCAGUCUUGGUAGAGAGACCAAGGACUGAAGAGACAUGGAGACCAAUGUACUUUUUCUGUGCCUGAAGAUAAGGUCAGUAUUGAGGCUCACUAGUGGUACUGUGUGGGGAAGCUUUCUGCUCCCCAUUUUGUACCUCUCUUAUGAAAAUCUGUUUCUAGUCUCCAGGGCUGUCAGUUCAUAAACUUUCAAAAACCAAAGCAACUAAUCAGCUGCAUUUUUUGGUCCUAUACUGUAAAAUAUUAAAGUAACAGGUGUUACUUGUGCAGUAUUGCUAUUUUAAAUUAUUAAUCUGAAAUAAUAUUUUGCAAAUGAAAAAUGUAAUACAUUGAGAACAUAGGUAAGUCUUUAUAUUUGGCAAAUGCCUAACUGCUUAGAAAAUUCAAGAAGUACACUUUUAAUAAAAGCUCUCACACUACAACAUUAA